AUGGGUCCCUGGCACUCGUUACUAGUCUGGACCGUGCUUGGGCCAGUCGCCCGGUCCGCGAAUUUGACUUCUCAUGUAGAUUUAUUUUUGGGCACGCAGAAUGGCGGCAACGACUUUCCUGGCGCGGCGCGACCAUUCGGGAUGGUGAAAUUGGGCCCGGACCUCUACGUCUCUGGCACAGACGCCUACUCCGGCUAUCUGCCGAAUGGCGAGUUCUCCGGGUUCAGUAUGAUGCAUGAACAAGGCACCGGUGGUGCACCCAAGUACGGCACCGUGUCGCAGCUGCCGCUCACGGGGCAUAUCACGAACCCGCUGUCGAACAUCACCGUCGGUCGUGAAGGCACGGACAGGGCAGCGGUGGGCUACUACCAGGCCCAGACCUCCCAGGGAACCGUGGUGGAAUUGAGCGCAACUGCCCACGCGGGAAUCUACCGCUACACAUUCCCGAUGGGAUCCGUGGCAAAUGUCCUCAUUGAUGUUUCCCAUGUCCUGCCGUCGUAUAGAGGGAUGGGCUUGAGUCAGGGCUAUAAAGGCGGCAACAUCACCGUCUUCCCGGACGGACAUUACGAAGGCCAUGGUGUAUAUGACAAUGGCUGGAAUCGCUCACCGGACUGGACCAUCUAUUUUUGUGGUCAUUUCGAUGCUGCGGCCGUCAGCAAUCGCACUUACGUGGGGACAGACGCAGACGGUAGCGUUCGACAGAGCAGUGGCACCGCGUCCUCUACCUCCGGUUCGACUCGAGUUGGAGCGGUGUACACUUUUCAGGACACCUCAGUGACAUCACGCGUAGGCAUUUCUUGGAUUAGCACCGAGAAGGCUUGCAGGAACGUCAAUGAGGAGAUACCCGAUGACAAAGAUUUUGCCUCUGUCGUCACUGAUGCUCAGACUGAAUGGGAUUCCAAGGUUUUGUCCAAGGUGACGACUAGCAACACCAAUGAGACGACACUCAAAAUGCUGUACACGUCUUUGUAUUUUAUGCACUUGAUCCCGACAAACCAAACGGGUGAGAAUCCCGGAUGGUCGUCCUCGGAGCCAUACUAUCAAGACAUAUUCACAUUUUGGGAUCUCUUCCGAUGCUCUACUGCUCUCAUGCAGGUACUGCAACCAAAAGCAUAUGAGGAGCAGAUUCGGUCACUUAUCGACAUCUGGCGCUUCGAGGGCUACAUGCCCGACGCUCGCUCUUCCAACUACAACGGGCGCUCCCAAGGUGGCUCAAACGCUGACAAUAUCCUUGCAGACGCAUAUGUCAAGGGGGUGCGUGGCAAGGUCAACUGGGAAGAUGGGUAUAAGGCUAUGGUCAAAGAUGCGGAAGUAACGCCUGCCAAUUCCCCAGUCGAUCCGCAGGCCCCCGACUCAUCAACAAAGGAAGGUAGAGGCGCACUUCCAGACUGGCUUCGCUUAGGAUUCAUCACACCGAAGUACUCCCGAUCUGUCACCCGUGCAGUGGAAUAUUCCUGCAAUGACUUCGGUCUGUACCAGGUAGCGUCGGGAUUGGGGAAGGGGGACGAUGCGACGAAGUACUUGAAUCGGUCGCGAAAUUGGCGCAAUCAUUGGAACCCUGAACAGACCUCGCUUGGAUUCUCUGGCUUUGUGGUUCCUCGCAACGAGACGGGUUUCAUGGAGACCGAUCCCUUGGGUGACAGUGGGUACUGGGGUGACCCUUAUUAUGAGGCCAGCAGUUGGGCAUAUUCACUUAAUGCCAUCCAUGACAUGGGGAAAAUGAUUGAGUGGAUGGGAGGUAAUGAAACCGUGCAGAAGCGGCUGGAUACCAUGUUCACCGAGGGAGCCAGCGGUUCUAGUGGAAUCAUAUUCGAUCCAACAAACGAACCAAUGUUCAAUGUCCCCUACCUAUACCAUUUUAUCGGCCGACAAGAUCUGUCCGUUGCACGGUCGCGCAGUGUCGCCAAAUCGUACUACGGUACGGGCGUAUCGGGUCUUCCUGGGAACAGCGACGCAGGUGCUAUGCAGACCUGGAUCUUGUGGAACAUGAUCGGUUUGUACCCUGUCACAGGGCAGUCGACUUUCCUGAUCCACUCCCCUUGGUUCGAGUCCCUUACCAUCGAUCUUGGAGAGGGAAAGAAACUGAGCGUCACCGCCCACGGUGGUGACGGCAAUGGCGGAGGCGAUAUUCACGUGCAGUCGCUAAAGUUGAAUGGAAAGCCAUGGAGAAAUAACUGGUUGGUGUGGGAAGACAUAUUUGCCGAAGGGGGUACGCUGGACUUCGAGCUUGGGCAGAGCGCGAGUGGCUGGUUCACAGGCGAGCUGCCCCCCAGUCCAGCUUCGUAA